AUGGAUAAUGAAAUCCAAAUCUAAACCAAAGUCAAACGAAUUAAGGAAAGAUAUGUGCAUGAAGCUAUGUUUUUGGUUGAGUAAUGGAGAAGCUUAUACCAACAAACUUAUAUCGAAAAUGGAAGAUAAUUAAAACUUACUUUAGAUAAAGCUGCUGAGAUCGUAGGAGUCCCUAGAAAAACCUUGGAAGAUUACUACUAUUAAUUGAAGAAAGCAGAGACUCUAAUUGACCUUUAAAAUUUUAAGAAUUGCAAGAUAGGUGUGAUUCGAAGAAUUGUUAAAGAGAGCAAAAAAUAACAAGAAACCACAACUCAUUUGAUUGAUACAAAUGAUUUUUUUUUAUAAGAAAAUGAAACUAAUAACUAUAGAAAAAACAGUUUUGAAUAUGAUGAUUGA